UUUACUGCAGAUCAUGAACAAAGUCCUUAACUGUCGCAGCGAUUUAUGGAGUUGCUUUUUCGGUGUUUCGUCUUCAUUUUUCUUUUUACUAUCUCGUUUCACCAAGACAUUUGUGCAAGCUGUAUUUUCAAUUCGGCGACCAAUAUACACGAACGACCCUUAAACAUGUACACGUUAAAACACCUGGUUGCUGAAGCCCAUUUUAGAUUAAAAAGCCAACAAGUGAUGGGAUUCAGAGCAGACUACUUGUGCGCAAUUAUCUCUGUAGCCACUCAAACUGCGUUAGAGAUUCCUCUGUCGUGGAGUUGCGCGCUUGUCCAAAUGCGCAUGCGUGUUCAGAAAGGGAACCGGCGAUCUCAAAGAUUCUAGCGCUCCUACCAAAGAGCCUCAAUCAGCCAAGGCGGAACGUUACCAUGAGCUUCUUCAUCCCGCCGACAGCUACCCAUCCAGAUAGUUUAACUUUUACGAGUAACUCUAGAACUGCCAACGACCCUUAUCAGCACUGCCCAAUCGCAGAAUGCCAGGGGGAAAGAGAGGGCUGGUGGCACCGCAGAACACUUUUUUGGAAAAUAUUGUCAGGCGAUCAAGUGAAACCAGUUUCCUGCUUGGGAACGCCCAGAUUGUGGAGUGGCCAGUAGUGUACAGUAAUGACGGAUUCUGCAAGCUGUCGGGGUACCACAGGGCUGAAGUGAUGCAGAAGAGCAGCACGUGCAGUUUUAUGUACGGAGAGCUGACUGACAAGAAGACAAUAGAGAAAGUCAGGCAGACCUUUGAUAGCUAUGAGUCCAAUUGCUUUGAAGUCCUAUUGUACAGAAAGAACAGGACACCUGUCUGGUUUUAUAUGCAGAUCGCACCCAUCCGGAACGAGAACGACAAGGUGGUCUUGUUCCUGUGCACUUUCAAAGACAUCACUGUCUUCAAGCAGCCCAUUGAGGAUGAGUCCACCAAGGGAUGGACCAAGUUUGCACGGCUGACGCGGGCACUGACCAACAGCCGAAGCACUCUGCAGCAGCUCACGCCCAUGAACAAGACCGAGGUCAGCCACAAGCACUCACGUCUUGCAGAGGUUCUACAGCUGGGCUCCGACAUCCUGCCCCAGUACAAGCAGGAGGCUCCGAAGACACCCCCGCACAUCAUCCUGCACUACUGCACCUUCAAGACCACCUGGGACUGGGUCAUCCUCAUCCUCACCUUCUACACGGCCAUCAUGGUGCCCUACAAUGUGUCUUUCAAGACCAAGCAGAACAACAUUGCCUGGCUAGUGCUGGACAGCGUGGUGGAUGUCAUCUUCUUGGUGGACAUCGUGCUCAACUUCCACACUACAUUUGUGGGCCCUGGCGGAGAGGUCAUCUCUGACCCCAAACUCAUCCGCAUGAACUAUCUAAAAACCUGGUUUGUCAUAGACCUGCUGUCCUGCCUGCCCUAUGACAUCAUCAAUGCCUUUGAGAAUGUGGAUGAGGACCCGCUUUCGGACACCCCAUCAGUCGGGCAUCUGCGAGAGACGGCUAAUCCGCAGAGAAAUGCCACCCGGGCAGAGGACUCUGUACUCCCGGGGAUCAGCAGUCUGUUCAGCUCGCUGAAAGUGGUCAGGCUGCUGCGUCUGGGCCGGGUCGCCCGGAAACUGGACCACUACCUGGAGUACGGAGCGGCGGUGCUGGUGCUGCUGGUGUGCGUCUUUGGGCUCGUGGCCCAUUGGCUGGCCUGCAUCUGGUACAGCAUCGGCGACUACGAGGUGAUAGACAAGGUCACCAACACCAUUAAGACGGACAGUUGGCUCUAUCAGUUGGCCACCAGCAUCGGCUCGCCCUACUACUACAACACCAGCGGCCCCGGCCAAUGGGAGGGCGGCCCCAGCAAAGACUCGCUCUACAUCACCUCCCUCUACUUCACCAUGACUAGCCUUACAACCAUCGGCUUCGGGAACAUCGCACCCACCACAGACGGGGAGAAGAUCUUCUCUGUGGCCAUGAUGAUGGUGGGCUCCCUCCUGUAUGCAACUAUUUUUGGGAAUGUCACCACCAUCUUUCAGCAGAUGUAUGCCAACACCAACCGCUACCACGAGAUGCUCAACAACGUGCGUGACUUCCUGAAGCUCUACCAGGUGCCUAAAGGGCUGAGCGAGAGGGUCAUGGACUACAUCGUCUCCACCUGGUCCAUGACCAAGGGCAUCGACACUGAGAAGGUGCUGUCCAUCUGUCCCAAGGACAUGAGGGCGGACAUCUGCGUCCACCUGAACCGCAAGGUGUUCAACGAGCACCCCGCCUUCCGGCUGGCCAGCGACGGCUGCCUGCGCUCCCUGGCCGUGGAGUUCCAGACCAUCCACUGCGCCCCCGGUGACCUCAUCUUCCACGCUGGGGAGAGCGUGGACACCUUGUGCUUCGUGGUGUCGGGGUCGCUCGAGGUCAUCCAGGACGAUGAGGUCAUAGCCAUUCUAGGUAAAGGGGAUGUGUUUGGGGACGUCUUCUGGAAGGAGACCACCUUGGCCCAUGCGUGCGCCAAUGUCCGGGCGCUCACCUACUGCGACCUACAUGUCAUCAGGAGGGAGGCACUGCUGAAGGUGCUGGAGUUCUACACCGCCUUCGCCAACUCCUUCUCGCGCAACCUCAUCCUCACCUGCAACCUGCGCAAACGGAUAAUCUUCCGGAAGAUCAUAGAUGUGAAGAAGGAGGAGGAGGAGCGGCAGCGACAGAAGAAUGAGGUGACACUCUCCAUCCCGGUGGACCAUCCCGUCAGGAAGCUUUUCCAGAAGUUCAAGCAGCAGAAGGAGAUGCGCAAUCAGGGCUCCUCCCAGCUGGACCUGGAGAAGAACCAGCUGCAGGCGGAGCACCAGCUGAACCCCCACUCCCACCAGCACCACCCGCUCCAGCACUCGCACCCCAUGCAGAACGGGGCCUCCACCACCGGCAACAGCAGCGUGGUCACCGUCUCCCAGAUCACCCCCAUCCAGAACUCGCUGGUGUACAUCAAGACCAGCGAGCCCAGCAAGCAGAACAAUCGCGACAUCAUGGAGCUCAAACCCAGCCUGACCGUCAGCGACCAGAACUGCCUCAAGGUCACCAGCCCCAUGCGACUCAAGCCCGCCAGCAACCGCGGCUGGAUGCGCCUGAAAAACAACAUGGCCGCUCCCGAGGAGAAGAAGGAGGACUGGAACAACGUCUCCAAAGCCGGGUCCAUGGAGCUUCUCUCGGAGGACAGCAGGAGCCAGGACUCGGAGGGCAGGGGCAGCGUGGGGGACAGGAAGAACCCCCUGCGCAAGACGGGCUCCUGUGACAGCGGCAUCACCAAGAGCGACCUGCGCAUAGACAAGCUGGGGGAGGCGCGGAGCCCCUUGGACCGCAGUCCCCUGGAGCACAGCCCCAUUCCGGUGGAGGUGCGCCACCCCUUCUACCCAAUCCCCGAGCAGGCCUUGCACACCACGCUACAGGAGACCAAGCUGCAGCUCAAGGAGGACAUUCAGACACUCAGCAGCCGAAUGGCUUCCCUGGAGUCGCAGGUGGCUGAGAUCUUGAAACUUCUCUCCGAGAAGAGGAAGCCACCACAGACUUCCGCCCCCAAAACCAAAAUCAAAUGCCAGGACAUUUUCACCGUCUCCAGACCAGUCACACCCGACUCAGAGAAAGACGAUGGGCAGUUUUGAACUGCUCACUGUUUUCUUGUUAAUUUAUCUCUUUUAGUUAUUUGCACCCAUGCCUUUUCUCUCAUUGAGGAGAGGAGCAAGAGAAACAUAUUUUGUGUAAAAUGGACAAAUUAUUUUCCCUUGUAAAUAUCUUUCUGCAUGUCCAGCUGGAUUCUGGCCUGCCAAAGAAACUUAAUAACUAACUAUUGCUUGUAUAUUAUGCAGUUUACUGCAUGCAAAAUAAAGAAGAGAAUUAUUUAUUGUUCUAACUGUAUCUCCAGGAAUUUAGAUUGUUUUAAUGAUGUCGAUUCACAAUGAAGAAAUUCAGGGUUUGGGAAUUUGGAGAACAUUUCCUGUUGGUAUUAUAUAAAUAUGUGAAUUGCAUCAAAAAGGUAAAAUAAUAAUAAUAAUAAUUAAAUCAAUAAACUCUGUCAUUAUAAGGUGCUUGAUUAAUCUUUUUAGAUCUUUUAUAUUUCCAUUUUGGUAUCAUUUUUGUACAUUUUACAUUGCAUUUUGUGUGAAAUUAAUAAUUUUUGUUAAAUGGGCAUCAAGGCAUCCAGGUGACACUGUCUCUUCAUAUUUGAUCAAGACAGCUGAGUAGUCAAGCUUGGUUCCUCUCUCUCAACGUACGUUUUAAUGCUGUUUAUCCAAACAAGGUGACAGAGAACUUUAAAACUUAGACACAGCAGAGAUAUGAUUUAAUCAAUAUGUUGGUCACAGCUACUGUACUGUAAACCUUUUGUCCCAUUGCUCCAGAUGCAAAAGUGAACAUACAGAAUUUGUGAUAACAUUAGUGAAUCAAUGAUGCCUUGACAAUCUCUUGUGGGGGGCAUAUAUUGUAUUCACCAGUAACUUUCUUAAUCUUACUAGCUAUUAGCUUACUAGCUAUGAUUUGUAGAAUUGAUGCCCACUUUCAGAAGUAAGAGGUGAAUUGGUAGCACAAUGAAAUGCAUUUGAAAUAGAUGGUAUCACAUUGGAAAUAUAAAUGCGAAAAAGUAUAUAAUGUGAAUAGAUGUUCCCAUUUAUACAUUUAUAUUUUAAUGUAUUUAUUGAAAAAAUAUAUAUAUUUAACUUGAA